AACAUUCCACUACUACACAUAGAGAGAGUGAGUGAGAGAUAGUCAUGGAAGCUGCUUUCUUAUUCAUUAGUCAAUUGGCACACCAACAUUCCCCAAUAGCCAUAACCAAAACCUUCAUUGUGUUUGUAUUUAUGGCUUUCACUUCCGUUUUGUUUUCCCAUUUUUAUAAUCGUAGAAGAAAACUUUCAGUUCAACAAGCACCUCUCCCACCAGGUCCAAAGCCAUGGCCACUAGUGGGGUGCCUCCCAACAAUAUUAACCAACAAAUCCCCAACAUACCAAUGGAUUCAUUCAGUAAUGAAGCAAUUCAACACUGAAAUUGCUUCCAUACGCCUUGGAAAUACUUACAUAAUCCCUGUCACUUCUCCUGAACUCGCUCUUCAAUUUCUCAAGACAUAUGAUUCUAUCUUUGCAUCACGUUCUUCUAUUUCCAACACUGUUGAUAUCUUAAGUCGUGGAUAUCUCACCACAGCAUUUUCGUCUAUGGGAAACCAAUGGAAGAAGAUGAGAAGAAUUCUCGCAUCAGAAGUACUCAAUCCGACGUCGCUUCAUCAAAUGCUUGGCCAAAGAACUGCCGAAGCCGAUAAUCUUUUAUGCUACAUUUUUAUACUUACUAGUAAAAAUGGAGGAGGUGCAGUGAUUAAUGUUAGAAGCAUAACACAACAUUAUUGUGGUAACAUUAUCAGAAGAAUGUUAUUCAAUAGAAGAUACUAUGGCAAAGGGAGGGAAGAUGGAGGGCCAACUUCUGAAGAAGAAGAUCAUAAUGAAGCAUUGUUGACCAUUCUUAGGCAUGUUAAUGCAUUUUCUAUAUCAGAUUUUGUACCUUGUUUGAAGCCAUUUGAUUUAGAUGGCCAUGAGAAAAUUAUGAAGAAAGCUUUGAAUGUCGUCCGAAAGUAUGAUGAACCCAUUAUAGACGAAAGAGUGCAGCAAUGGAAAGACAAGAAAAUAAGAGUGAUAGAGGACAUUCUUGAUAUCCUUAUUUCACUUAAAGAUGACCAUGGGAAUUCGUUGUUGUCAAUUGAAGAGAUUAAGGCUCAAAUUACGGAGUUACAAAUUGCAACAAUAGAUAAUCCAUCAAAUGCAGUGGAAUGGGCAAUGGCAGAAUUAAUCAAUCAACCAGAAAUUCUCAAGAAAGCUGUUGAAGAAUUGGAUGAAGUAGUUGGGAGAGAAAGGCUAGUUGAAGAAUCUGAUAUCCCAAAACUCAAGUAUCUCACAGCUUGUAUUAGAGAAUCUUUUCGACUUCAUCCAUUUUCACCUUUCAAUAUUCCUCAUGUCUCAAACUCUGACAUCAUUGUGAAUGGUUACUUAAUUCCCAAAGGCAGUGAAGUGUUGCUGAGUCGAAUAGGUCUUGGCCGAAACCCAAGAAUCUGGGAGGAUCCAAUGAGAUUUAAUCCAGAACGUCAUCUAAAAGAUGAUACAAUGACAGAAUUGGGAAUAUCAGAACCAAGUCUACGAUUCAUCACAUUCACUAGAGGGAGGAGAGGGUGCGUUGGUAGCUCACUUGGCACCAACAUUACCAUGAUGCUAUUUGCUAGACUUUUACAAGGCUUUUCUUGGAGCUUACCACCAGGAAUCACAAAAAUGGACUUCUCUGAAACCGAUCACCAACUCUCUGUCCCAACCCCAUUACAGCUACACGCACAGCCACGUCUAUCUCAUAGUAUGUACCCUAACCUUAUUGAUCAUGAACCAAGACCUACCUAAAACUAGUCUUAGAAUAAAAGUACGUAGUUAUUGUCCUUUCAGCUGCCAUAUAUAUGCUUUGUGUGCUGUUUCUAUGUAAACAACAAUAAUAGUUUAUGUAAUAGUCAUGUGUUUCUAUGUAUUCUUCCUCACUUAUUUGUUAAGAUAAAUUAUAUAUGGCUGUGGGCAAUAUAACAGUAAAUAACUUGUGUGUU